CAAAACCAAUUAUCAGCUUCCAAAGCUUCUGUGAGCAGUACGAGUGCGCAUCCACAGCGCAAAAGCUGAUAACUCCCUUCGUCAACUGCAGACAACAAUGGCGUCGAUGACGAUGACGUCGUCACCACUAAAUUCGGGAGUUCCCAUUGGGAUCUCCCGAGAUUUUAUCCUCGCUCUUGACAACCCCAGAAACAUCAAGUGUUGUUAUGGACAGAGUAAAAAUCAUAGGCAAUCGACUUCUUUGUCUGUCAGAGGUCUGAGAUACUUGUCGAAACCCAUAUGUGCAAGUGGUUCUGGUUUAGAGGCAGUGAUUACAGACCCAAAGGACAAUGCAGUAACUUUGAAAAAUGCCAAGAUUGUUGUAGAGUCCCAAAAAGAAAAUCAGAUGCAACUGAGAGUGGAUUUGACUGCCAAUGAGACACAAAGAGUAUUUGAUCAGGUUCUGACUAAUCUUGCUCGAACAGCACCGCCAAUUCCAGGUUUUCGUAGGCAAAAAGGAGGAAAAACAUCAAAGGUUCCUAGGGAUUUUCUCUUACAGAUGCUUGGUGAAGACCGCGUCACCAAAUUUGUGAUUCAAGAAAUAGUUACUUCAACAAUGGCUGAUUAUGUGAAAAGGGAAAACCUGUCUGUGAAAGAGAACAAGAUCAGCACAACCCAGACAGCAGAAGAGCUCAAAUCAGCGUUUGCUCCUGGAAAAGAUUUCGGAUUCAACACUAUAGUGGAACUUGAAAGUCCAGAAAUUGAGACAUCAAGUUCCACCUCGGAUGACUUGUAGGAUUCUUAUUCUUCAUUAAGUGAAAAGGGAGAUACACGGCAUCAAUAACGAGUCUGUACAUGGAAGUGUUUUUCAGGCAUUGUUGCUGAAAAUUCAUUGUGUCUUGGCCAGGUUUCUAUCUGUGGUCAAUGAACUCUUGGACUUCAUAUAUGAUACGUACUGUAUAUUUCUCAAUUAAAAUAUCUGGAACCCUUCGCAUAUCUUUGUCAAUUUUCAUCUCCCUCACAUGUCAUUGAACCAUCUGGUCAGCAUUAAUUGGCAUGUUUGUACUAAGCAGUGCUUGUAUGUAGAGCUCUAUGCUUUCUUUCUAAAA